GUAGCCAAGCAAGCCGCAAUACCAAACCAUACGAAUCACUACCUAGGUACGGCAUCGUAUGGCGAUAGCUUGCAAUCGGGCGGGCGAAAGCGCCGGCAGUCGGAGGCCAUUGUCGAUUGGAUAGUCUAGUCCCGAUACUGCAAUGAUGCAACAAUUAAGCUACGUAAAUGCCUUCGAACAAAUAGGCCGGAAUAUCAACAGCAUUUUGAAACUUGUGCAUUGAACGGUAUUCAUAGCGUCAAAAUGAGUAGCAACGGAGCCACUAAGAAGAGCCUUGUGCUCAAUGCCUUCGUGAUGAUGUGCAGUGGGCAUCAGUCCCCCGGUCUCUGGAGGCACCCAGAUGAUGAGUCCUGGCGUUUUAAUGAAGUAUCUCAUUGGGUCGAGCUGGCGAAGUUGCUCGAAAAGGCCAAAUUCCAUGGCAUUUUCAUUGCCGACGUCCUGGGAGGAUACGACGUAUAUACCAAGACAUUAGAUCCCGCAAAGGUCACAGGGACCCAAUGGCCGGUGAAUGAGCCCCUAACAGUUAUUGCCGCUAUGGCGGCGGCAACCGAGAGUAUAGGUUUCGGCGUCACGGCGUCGACUACCUACGAACAACCCUUUCACUUCGCAAGGCGUUUAUCGACGGUUGACCACUUAAGUAAGGGAAGACUAGGUUGGAAUAUUGUUACGAGUUACCUUGACUCAGCGGCGAGGAAUAUGGGCUUAAUAGAACAGCCAAAACACGACGAACGCUACGCACAGGCCGAGGAGUACGUUAAGGUUAUCUACAAGCUUCUAGAGUCCUCUUGGCGGGACGAUGCCGUGAAGCUAGAUCGCAAAUCAGGUAUCUACACCCAACCAGAUCUAGUAAGACCAAUCAACCACGAGGGCAAGUACUUUAAGGUGCCUGGACCCCAUAUUUGCCAACCCAGCCCCCAGCGUACGCCCCUUGUCCUUCAGGCGGGCACAUCUCGUGCGGGAAAGCAAUUCGCCGCCCAGCAUGCUGAAGCUAUCUUCGUGUCGGCCCACGCGCCAGAGGUCAUAGCGAAGAGUAUCGCGGAAGUUCGUGAAAUCGCUAAGACACAAUUUGGACGGGAUCCUACCGAUAUCAAGGUCCUAGCACUAGUAACAGCGAUUCUAGGGCCCACAGAGGAGGAAGCUCAAGCCAAGCUAGCCGACUACAAGAAAUAUGCUUCACACGAGGGAGCCCUUAGCUUGUUUGGUGGCUGGACUGGCAUCGACCUAGAUCAGUAUGGUGAUGAAGAGGAAUUGAGACAUGUUGAGAGCAAUGCUGUGCGAUCUACCGUCGAAGGCUACGCCAAAUUCUCGCCAGGGACCUCGAAGUGGACUAAACUUACAAUCGCUGAGCACAUAGCUAUCGGAGGCAAUGGCCCCCUAUUCGUGGGGACACCCUCGCAAGUAGCCGAUGGGCUUGAGAGCUGGGUUAAUGAAUCUGAUGUCGACGGGUUCAACUUUGCAUACGCUCUCUUCCCUCAAAGCUUCAAAGACAUCAUCGAACUUCUGAUCCCCGAGCUCCUCAGCCGGGGCCUGUUCUGGGAUGACUACGCAGUGCCAGGAGGUACAUACAGAGAGAAUUUCUACCAAAAACCAGGACAGACUGGCCCUCUCGACUCGCACGUUGCUUCCUCUUACAGGUGGAAGGCAGGUGUAGCACCAGAAGACCAUGUGAUACAAGAUUAGCAGUAACCCCUGAAUAUACGUGAAGCAGGUAAACAUGCGCAA